CCUCUGUUUCUUAAGACCAGCCACUCUCUGUUUUCUCGCCCUUCUCUUUCUCUAAAACCCAUGAAACCUCACUUUUUCUGCGUUAAGGCUAAUACUAAGAGUUCGACUAGUGAUGAUCUUGAGAGUGGUCGUCCUUUGACCCACUUUGCUCCCACUUUUUGGGGAGAUUACUUCCUCUCACUUUCCGUCGACGAUUCCGAAUUUGAUAAAAUAGAGAAAGAGAUUGAAUCGGUGAUGAAGCCAAACGUGAGAGGCAAGCUCAUCUCUUCUCACAACAGUAACAAGGACAAGAUUCGGUUAAUCCAUUUGCUUAUAAGCCUUGGUAUCUCGCAUUACUUUGAGACCGAGAUCGAGAUGAUCCUAAACCAGAGUUUUAAAGAGUUGGACGGGAUAAUAUCCGAGGAAGACGAUUUGGAAACAAUCUCUAUCAUGUUUGAGGUUUUUCGACUGUAUCAACACAAGAUGUCAUGCGAUACCUUCGUAAGAUUCAAAGGUAAAGAUGGGAGGUUCAAGGAGAGUCUAGUCGCGGAUGUUAGAGGAAUGCUACAAUUAUACCAAGCAGCGCAUCUUGGGACACCCUCUGAAGAUAUAAUGGAGGAAGCAAAGAGUUUCACUAGGAACCAGUUGGAGUCUUUGAGCUCGAUAUCAUAUAACAUGGAAAUACUAGUCGCAAGAGAAUACAUCUCUUUCUAUAACCAAGAAGAAGGUCAUGACCUGACGCUUCUCAAGUUUGCAAAGCUCAACUUCAACUAUUGCCGUUUGCUUUACAUACAAGAGCUCAAAACACUCACCAAAUGGUGGAAAGAUCUAGAUAUCCCCUCUAAGCUUCCUUACGUGAGGGAUAGAAUUGUGGAGACCUAUUUCUCUGCAUUGGGAAUACAUUUCGAGCCACGAUCUUCACUUGGGAGAAUUAUAGUGGCCAAAAUAAUGAACGUCGUGGUUACUUUGGAUGACACCUGUGAUUCAUAUGCUACUUUUCCCCAAGUUAAAAGUCUCAUUGAUUCUUUGCAAAGGUGGGAUCUUGAAGGGAUUGACGAACUACAAAGCUAUUCGAGAAUAGUCGUCCGAUUAAUAUUGGAAACUAUUGGAGAGAUUGAAAGAGAAAUGAAGCCCCGAGGAAGAUCUGCUAUACAACAGACGAUAGAUGAGACUAAGAGCCUAGGGAGAGCAUACCUAGCAUUAUCAAAAUGGGUAAGUGAAGGUCACGUGCCAACCUUUGAUGAGUACAUGGAGGUUGGGCUGGUCACCGGAGGGAUGGAUGAUUUUGCUUUGUACACCUUUAUCGCGAUGGAAGAUUGUGACGAGAAACCAUUGUACGAAUGGUUCAACUCCAAGCCAAAAAUAUUCCAAGCUUUGUGCUAUAUGUAUCGUAUAAACAACGACAUCGUCACCUACGAGAGAGAGAUGAGAAAAGGAGAGGUGGUGAAUGGGGUCAACUCUUACAUGAAUCAAUACGGUGUUACUAAAGAAGAAGCGGUUGAAGAAUUGAGUAAGAUGGCUAGAGAUAACUAUAAGAUAGUCAUGGAGGAGUUGUUGACGACAACUGAUGUGCCACGACAAGUUCGGGUGCGUUGCCUCAACAUUGCACGCUUGAUCGAUGUGUUUUGCAAGGAUGGUAUUGAUGAAUUCUCCAAUCCGCAUGGAAAGCUCAAAGAUCUCAUCACCUCUCUGUUCAUCCAUCCUAUUCCUGUUUGACCAUAUCACCAUUUUGCAGUUAUGCUUACUUAAACUCAUCUUAUUAAACCUGGUGUUUUUUU